AUGGAGGGUGGCGCUCUGACGGAUGUCAUUGAGAAUAACCCCAUUAUCACGGAGGAGCAGAUUUCAACCAUUUGUCUCGAGACCUGCCAAGGCCUCGACCAUCUUCACUCGCAAAACAUUAUCCACCGCGACAUCAAGAGCGACAACGUCCUCCUGGAUGCCCGCGGAAACGUCAAGAUCACCGACUUCGGCUUCUGCGCCAAACUGACCGAGACCAAGUCAAAGCGGGCCACUAUGGUUGGCACCCCUUACUGGAUGGCACCGGAGGUCGUUAAGCAGAAGGAGUACGGUCCCAAGGUGGACAUCUGGUCGCUCGGCAUUAUGGCCAUCGAGAUGAUCGAGUCAGAACCCCCUUACCUGAACGAGGAGCCCCUCAAGGCCCUGUACCUCAUCGCCACCAACGGCACGCCUCGCCUCAAGAAGCCCGAGAAGCUGAGCAAGGAGCUCAAGGCUUUCUUGUCAGUCUGCCUUUGCGUCGAUAUCGGGUUGUCCAGCAGCAGCAGCAGCAGCAGUAGUAGUAGCAACAGCAGCCAGCAAUGA